AGUGCCGGCUCCUGUUGUUUUAAGAAGGGGGAACCAAGGUGUUGGGGGGUGGGGUGGAGACCGAAAGUAACAGAUGAAGAAAACUUCCCAGCCCCUUGGGUUUCCCGGCCUCCCUUCCUCUCGCCGACUGUGCCCCGGCUGGUUGGAAGAGAUCAUGGGCUGGCAGCAAAGUCCUGCCUUGGGGCUCCCGAGGGAGCUUUGAUAGCGGUGCAGAUCUGAUAGUCACCCAAAGGAACAUCCCAUGGGACAGCCCCUCUCUGCUCGGGUGUUUGCCUUGUGGUGCCUCUUCCUGCUGUGGGCAGGAUGGCCCACAAGGGCAGACUUGAAGGUUUUGAGUGUCAACUGCUACUGUGACUAUGAUACAUUGAUUAGCUGUGAGUGGAAGAUGAACAAGCCGACCAGCUGCAGUUCUGAAUUAUGGCUGACAUAUGAGCGGAGUAACGAUAAUUCAUCAUCUCAGAGAUGCAGUCCUAAGAACCAGAGAGACAGCAAAGCCACCUUACCCCAGGAGUGUGUGUGCCAAGGUGAAGUGGACAGCUUUGCGUCUGCAGAUUACUACCAUCUGAAGAUUCAGUCCAACACACAGAUCUUGUGGGAAGAACAUAAAUUCUCACCUUUCGAAAAUGUGAAGCCAAGAGCCCCAGGAAACGUUGUCCUCUCUUCAGGAACUCCAAAAUACAACUUGAUCCUGACUUGGGACAGCAGUUACCCUUCAGACCACCUUCUGAUUGACGAUCUCAAAUAUAUGGUUGAGAUUCAGAAAAAGGAAAAUACCACACCCCCUAUCCAAAAAACGAUCGAUGGAGCACUCAACCUGACCAUCCUUGCUUACGAACUGGAAAAUAAAAGCACCUACACUGCUCGAGUGAAGUCAAAAGUUUCAGGCAACCUAGGCUACCGUGGACAGUGGAGUGACUGGAGCCCCACCAUUGAGUGGUAUAAUGAGUACAAAAAACCUUUUCUGAGUGGCCUGGAAUUGGGGGUGCCCAUUUUCUGCAUCCUGAUCCUGCUUGUUAAUUUGCUGUGCUAUUUCAGUGUCAUCAAGAUUAAGAAAGUGUGGUGGGAUCAGAUCCCCAACCCAGCCCAUAGCCACUUAACUGCCAUCAUUAUUCAGAACCAACAGCUUUCAGCAUGGAGGAAACUGCCUAAAGCAAAAGAAAAGAAAAAAUUCCCGCACUGGAAGACAUGCCUUUCCAAGUUGUUUCCCUGUUUACUUAGCCACAACUCAGCAGAGAAAGAAGAGGAUACCCAUCUCCCUCUCCCCAGCAAACGAGAAAGCUGGCCAGUAGAAGCCUGUAGACAUGUCUUAGUGCCGGAGAAGAUCAGUGUGGUGCAGUCGAUUGAGCUUUAUGAGGCUGAGGUGGAAAGUGAGGAAAGGGAUGCUGAUGAGGUUUCCUUUCCCCCAUCCCCCGAGAAUAGCACAAGCAGCUUCAUGAAGAACCGAGAAGCCCUUGCAGACAGGUUUGUCCAGAUGCUGUUCCUUGAUCUCAUAGGAGAGGAGACUUUCAUGUCAUGUUCCAGCAAGCCAUCUGGGAAAUACAAGGAUUUGGCAGAUGCAACCUUGUCACCACCUAAGGAAAGCAAAGAUUCAAGCCGCUGCUGGGACAGCCCUACCAAGCUGGGCUCACCCAUUUUCCAGAAUGGUUUCCUGAGUGGUCCACACAUUUCUGAGAGAUCUGAAACUGUCUGCCAGAGUCCUUGCGUAGAUGCUGCCUCUGCCAAGGCCAGACAGUCUCCUGAGCCCCACAAAGAGCAGGGGCAAUUUCCUUCAGCUUCCCAAACUCAGGAUUUAACAAAUGCAUCCAUUUCAGAAGCACCCCAAGUUGUUGACGAUAACCCUGCUUAUCGAAGCUUCAGCAGCCUCCUGGCCCAAUCCUUGCCUAGGACUGAGGAAGAGCCAAGCCUUCCCUUGAGCUCAUCUAGCUGUUCAUGGGAACAGAUGGCCCCAUGCCUUGGAGACCCUGAUCUACAGCAUGGGGUUAGCUGCUCAGAGGACUCUAAAACGUCUUCCUCCCAUGAAAGCGAGCCGUCUUCUUUGCUCCAGUCAGAGGGAGAGAGCUGGGAGGAAAUCCUAAGACAGAGGGUUCUCAGACAAGAAGGAGAUGUCACCUGCCCCACCAUUUUAGCAACGUCGGGCUACCAGUGUUUUGACAAUGCAGUAAAGCAAGGCAAUGACCAGAAUUAUAAGGCAGCUAGCUUUAAUGUCUCCAAAGAAUCUGGGUAUCGAUCCUUUGCUAGUCUCCUGAAUGACUCUAGGAAAGAAACCUCUCCAGAGACCUCUGGUGAUGAGUCUGAGUCUGGAAAAGGGAAAGGGGAAUACAGGCCAUUAGAAAGUCUUAUUUCUCCUAGUCAAGAGGCAGAGGAAGUGACUCCACUUCCACUAUUUACCUUUGGCCUGGAUUUAGGAGAUGCUCUCCCUCCAAAAUGCCAACACAGCCCUGUGCCCUCCAGUUUCCUCAAGACGUACAGUCUCCAGGAGAUAUCAGUGGAAGAGACGGGAAAGCAUUCUCUGACAUUAGGCUGGAAUGGCACCAAGAAGCAUGAGGACACUCCUGAGGAGUCCUCAGUCUGUCCCAAGUUAGAUUUCAGCAGUGGCAUAGUCUAUUCUACCUUGACUUGUCAUCUAUGUGGGCACCUAAAGAGAUGUCCAAGUCCCAGUGAAAAUUAUACACCCUUGGGCAAUGUCCAGAGCACAAAAUGCAACUGUAUGGUUGAGGUCCUAGAAACAUUGCCUCCUCCUCUCACAAAAGCCACCAGUGUCUGCCCCUUGGAAAUAAUGGAGAGUCCAGAGAGUAGGGUGCCAAGGACCUCUUCUGUAGAGUUUCUCAGGGAAAACCAUUUAGAGGAAGAGUCUUCUUUAGGAACCUGUGUGUCUCUCCUUUCUCAGGACUGUGAAGAUCCAUUUGGCUCCACCUCAGACAAAUGGAAAGGAUCCCUUCAUUUAAAGCCUAGCCCUGGUGGUGUACCGAGCCCAAGCCAGCCCUUCAGCCCCAACAUGGCGGACUGUGAACAUGAGGGCAACACCUACAUAAAAGUUUCUUAGAUUAGCUUUGGGGAAUUUGGCAGUCCUCUCAAUCAACAGCGAUAUACACUUUGUUUAGGGAAUCAUUGAAUUUCCUUUGUGUGUGAAACAUUUCCUCCAUGUAGACCAUUACUAAGUAGAAGCCAGUAUGCCGGUCCUGUUAACCUGAGAAGAAAGUGGUUGUCCAUCUAUGAGCCAGACAUAUGGAUGACAACCUGAUACCUAUUCGUUAGGGGGUGGAGGGGAGCAGCCUUGGGCCUCAGAGCAGACAAUCUUAAUUCUGGAGGCUCAUUAAACACUUUGCCACAGAAUGAAGAAGUAUGCCUGAGCAGGGGGUAGGGGGUUACAUACAACCCUUUUUCCAUCCUCUUCUCUCUUCAUUGUCCUAAGAGAGCCUCUUUUAAGCCACGUAUCCCUUAGUGCAAUACAGGGGCCUCAGAGCAGCCAAAAAUCUAGCAAUUUUUGGUACAUGCAUAGAAUUCCCCUCAAAGCCAGACCCUUCUCAGAAAGAGCUUUGUAGAUACAGUUGGUGACUUACAGAGGAACAGCCCCUCAAUGUUUUGAAUGUUCAUGAAUUUUCUGGCGCUGGAUGCUCAGAGCAUUCCUUACUCCUUUAUUCAAUUAUUUUAUGACCUGAUGAUUGUAGAAACUGCAAUUCCCCCAGCACCUUUUUCAUUGAUCACUCUGUCUUGGCUUCUAGCUGGGGUAUAUUCCCUUCUUCCCCUCCUUUUCACUUGUCAAACCUCAAUCUGGAAAAGCCUCGAGUGCCUUCUGGAAAUCAUAGAACAUUGAAGAUGAGAGCCCAAAGGGAACUUUGAACAUAGAAUGUUCAAGGAGAAGGGGACCUUAGAACAUAGAAUAUUGAAGCUAGAAGGACCAUUGGAGACCUUCUAAUCAAAUCCCACCCUUUUACGGAGGAAAUGAAGGCCUGAUCAGGAAGGUGAAGCACCUUGCCCUAGGUCACGCACAGCUCAGUAAGGGGCAGAGCUGAGAGCUCAAACACAGGGUUUCUGACUGCCAGUCCUGUGCACUAGCUGCAUGGUGAGAAAGCGCACCAGCCUGCCAGGUGAGAUCCAAUAAGAAGCACUUUAAUAAUUACUACUUACGAUAGCUAGCAUUUAUGGAGUGCUUUAAGGUACCCAAAGUUAUCUCAUUUACACAGGCUGUCUCAUUUGUACUUCACAACAACCUAGUAAGGUGGCCUAAUGUUUUUAGGGCUUCCCACUAGGUUCCUGCUAUAUUUUGGGAUACUGAGUAGAAAAAGCCCGCAAAGCUACUCCCUAUGUGAGAUGAAAACAGCAAUAAGUCUUAUACUCUGGGACUUCCACCAUUAGGUGUAAAUAAUGAGGACAUGUAAUCAACUCCCAGUUACCCAUUUUGUGGAUUAUCCAAGCCUUUUGUUCCUCUUAUCUGUCUUUUGGAUGUUGCCCAGCUACUUUAGCAGGUGGCUGAAGAGGGAGAUCAGACGUGGUUCCUGUUGAAUAAUGAGUGAAUUCGAUUCAAUGCAAGAAAGCAUCUAUUGAGAGUGAUGUGCUAAGCAAGGCAGCUAGGUGACUCAGCCCAUAGAGCACGGGGCCUGCAGUCAGGAAGACCUAAGGUCAAAACUGGCCUCAG